CGGAGCUGGUGUUACCUCCUUCUGUGUGUCUCUCUCAUUGACAUCCCGCUCUGCAGAAUGGACGGCUGUGUUUCUGUGGAUAAAGAACCUUUCACACAGAAAGCCUCGUGAGAUCAAGAUGAAGAUGAAGAUGUUGCUGUUUCUGCUUCUCCUGGGAAUAGUAGGCCCACACUGCACAUCUGCGCGGACUCACUCUCUGAAGUAUUUCUACACUGGGUCCUCUGGAGUCCCAAACUUCCCAGAGUUUGUUAGUGUUGGGUUGGUUGAUGAAGUUGAGAUAACUCACUACGACAGCAACACCAAGAGCUACGAACCCAAACAGGACUGGAUGAACAGAAUCACAGAAGAGGAUUCUCAGUACUGGGAGAGGAACACUCAGCUCUCUCUGGGUGCCCAGCAGACCUACAAAGUCAGCAUUGAAACUUUAAAGCAACGCUUCAACCAAACUGGAGGUUAGUUCAUGUUUCACCUU